AACGUAGAAAACUCCGAACCUACUUCCGGUAGUUCUCUUUUCAUGGUCCGCCAUUUGUGAUUGAGAGGUGGUGGGUUUACGGCCAGGAUGCAGAUCUUUGUGAAAACCCUAACGGGGAAGACUAUAACCCUUGAGGUUGAGCCUUCAGACACUAUCGAAAAUGUAAAGGCGAAGAUUCAGGAUAAGGAAGGCAUUCCUCCUGACCAACAGCGACUGAUUUUUGCUGGUAAACAGCUGGAAGAUGGUCGUACUUUGUCUGAUUACAACAUUCAGAAGGAGUCCACACUUCAUCUGGUGCUGAGACUUCGUGGUGGUGCAAAGAAGCGAAAGAAGAAGUCUUACACAACCCCCAAGAAAAACAAGCACAAGAGAAAGAAGGUCAAACUUACUGUGCUGAAGUAUUACAAGGUUGAUGAAAAUGGAAAGAUCCACCGCCUACGCCGCGAGUGCCCUUCAGAAGAGUGUGGAGCUGGAGUCUUCAUGGCUAGCCACUUUGACCGACAUUACUGUGGCAAAUGCUGUCUAACAUACUGCUUCAAUAAACCGAAGAUAAAUGAAAAAUGUAAAUAAGUUAAUAAAUACAUUCAAAAGGU